UAACAAUCUAGCUGUCUCUCCCUGUGAUGCAUGUGUUCCGGCCCUUCCUGGUCCAAGGUCUAUUUGCUUGCUUUUCUCUCAGAGCUCAUUCCUUCUCGGUCAUUUUGGCUAGAAAGUUCCUGCUUUGGAGCUGAAGGUGAUUGGGUGAUUUUAACUUAGAUCUCCAGCAAGUGCUACAAGAAAGAAAAGAUCCUGAACAAUCAACCAAGUUUUCUGUGAAGUCAAGUCCAAGUAACAUCCCUGCCUAACCACAAGCAGGAGAAAUGAAGCACAUUUUCAACUCAUAUGAAAACGUCAACAACACAGCAAGAAAUGACUCCGACUGUCCUCGUGUGGUUUUACCGGAAGAAAUAUUUUUCACAAUUUCCAUUGUUGGAGUUUUAGAGAAUCUGAUCGUCCUGCUGGCUGUGUUCAAGAAUAAGAAUCUCCAGGCACCCAUGUACUUUUUCAUCUGUAGUUUGGCCAUUUCUGAUAUGCUGGGCAGCCUAUAUAAGAUCUUGGAAAAUAUCCUUAUCAUAUUGAGAAACGUGGGCUAUCUCAAGCUGCGUGGCAGUCUCGAAACCACAGCCGAUGACAUCAUCGACUCCCUGUUCAUCCUCUCCCUGCUUGGCUCCAUCUUCAGCCUGUCUGUGAUUGCCGCCGACCGCUACAUCACCAUCUUCCAUGCACUGCAGUACCACAGCAUCGUGACCAUGCGCCGCACCGUGGUGGUCCUUGCGGUCAUCUGGACGUUCUGCACAGGGAGUGGCAUCGCCAUGGUGAUCUUCUCCCAUCAUGUGCCCACGGUGAUCACCUUCACGUCGCUGUUCCCACUGAUGCUGGUCUUCAUCCUGUGCCUUUAUGUGCACAUGUUCCUGCUGGCUCGAUCCCAUACCAGGAAGAUCUCCACCCUUCCCAGAGCCAACAUGAAAGGGGCCAUCACACUGACCAUCCUGCUUGGGGUCUUCAUCUUCUGCUGGGCCCCCUUUGUCCUUCACAUCCUCUUAAUGACGUUCUGCCCAAGUAACCCCUACUGUGCUUGCUACAUGUCUCUCUUCCAGGUGAACGGCAUGUUGAUCAUGUGCAAUGCUGUCAUUGACCCCUUUAUAUAUGCCUUCCGGAGCCAAGAGCUCAGGGACGCAUUCAAAAAGAUGAUCUUCUGCAGCCGGUACCGCUAGAGUGACUGAUCCCUCAUUUUAGAAUCUAUGGGAAUAAUGUUGCCAAGGGACAGAAUAAUGUAACAUUUCAACAAAUGCCAGUGCUCCUGACUGGCCUUCCUUCCCUAAUGGAUGCAAGGGUGAUCCCACCAGCUAGUGUUUCUAAUAGCUAGGUUCUGUGUGAACAGUCUUAUUGUAGGGACAACUUUUAAACUUUACAACUGGAGAGAAAAAACAAUGUAAUAAAAGAAGGAUAGAAUACAAAGUAUUAGGUUCAUUCAAAUGUAAUUGUGGUUUUUGCCAUUACUUUCAAUGACCAAAAGUUGUGAUUACUUUUGCACCAACCUAAUACAAACAGCAAUAAAAACUCAAGGCCUUUGGCUAAGGCAAAGGCUUGUUUUCCUGUGGACUCUAGCAAGCCAGUCCUGGGAAGGCCUUUCCAGGCUGUAGGCCAUUGCAACCGAUUUCCAGAAGUUAAAGUACUUGGACACGCAACUCCAGGAAGAAGCUGUAGGGUCUUUGCAAGCCAGUAAUAAAUUGGGAGGAACACAUUGCUGCAGCUGGAUUUGCCUGUCUCCCACAGCCAUGGCAAAUCUCCGCCCUCCUCCUUCUCCCUAUCAGCCUGAUGUAUUGAAGCCACCUCAAUUCCUUGAAAUAGGCUGAGUAUAAACUAUAAAUGUCAAAUAACCAGCUUUGAGUUUCCAAUAAUACAUGCACCUUCUCCAUUAGUCUUCUUUCCUCACUCAAUAUCCCACUGGCCUUAAAGCCCUUUCCUGUUACAUUUCCUCAUGCUUU